AUGCAGACGGAGGACGAGGACGCGGACGUCGAGACGGGGCUGGACACGGACGCGGAGAUGGCCGUGGGGGAGUCGCUUCGACGGAGGCGAGGUAACAAGGAGAAGCGAUCGGCCGUCGGGAGGCGGAAGAAGUCGUCCUUGGGCGCGAACGGCGCCAGCGGCGGAGGAGGCGGCGGCGGGAGUAGCUCUAAGAAGCACUCGAAACGACGCGCGCGAAGGCAUUCGAUGCCGGCGUUCACGCUCAGCGACGCGGACGGGGACGAGACGAAGUGGGAGAGGCUGAACCGAAGACUCGACGCGAUGAGGCUCCUGCCGCGCGGGUCGCGGUACGCGUCGCAGCAGAUCGAUUUGAUAUCCAAAGCGCUCGCGAUCUUAAGGAAGACGCGCGCGAGCGACGGCGGGGGUGGGGGGGUCGAACGCACGAACGACGAGAACGACGAGCUCGCUCGGUUGCUCUCGGCGGUGUCGUUGUGA